AUUCAAGUCUCGUUUCUGAUUAUUAUGAAAACAAUGCAAUGGUGUCCAUAAAGAGGGAGGAGAGGAGCGGUAGUGGAUAGUGUCAACUUAAGCCGUAGACGAAGCGAUAUAAGAUGGCUUUUCAAGCUCCUAAUGCUGGCCAAGGUCGACAAAACAGGAAAAUAUUGGAAGAACUAGAAGAACAGAAAAAGCGACUGAGAAUACAGGCUGCGAGCCAGCCAUCUGGGGCAGCAUCUGGUGCAGGAAUUCAGCCUUCUAUCCAACCAUCACAAAUGCUUACAAUGGAUAGCAACACAUUGGCAGCACAGCAGAGAGUAGCACUUCAGCAUGCCCACCAGAACUCAGUGGGAUUUUUCAUUACUCAAGACUCUUCAUUUGGGAAUCUCAUUUUACCAGUGUUACCAAGGUGAUACCUGUAUACAAGCAAGAGACUGAGAACUAUAAGUGGAAGAAAAUUAUGAGGAAAACCUAUUCUUCUGUCUACACAGAAGUGCUAGUAUUGCAAUUGUUUUCAUUGCAAGUGUAAUUUUGUAAAGUGGUGGAAAUGACCUAGGUGCCAGAGCAGUUUAACAAACAACUUAUCAGACGAGCAACAUUUUUACUGAUUCUGUUAAAUUAUGCGGAGUUGUGAACCAGGAAUUUCAAGAUUAAAAUAUCUCAAACAUGAAGGAAUAAGAUAAGAGUCAGCAGCUGGAGAAAUGCAGUCCAAAUACCUUUUCCAUUGUAAAUGAUCGUCUACUUUUUAUUAUGGAAAUUGUGUAUAGCAUCAUGUGAUAGAGAUUGGUUGGGCAAUUAAUGAAAUGUUUCAUUUUAGUAAGAAGUGAACUAUUUUUUUCAUUAUUGAAUGUGGACAUUUUCCCCUGGCUAUUUCAGAAAAUAUUUUUAUAAUAAUAGUGAACAAUUUUAUACAAAUGUACCAACAGUUAUGAUUGAAACUUGGAAUAAUUGACAUUUAUACACAUUUGAUGGCUAGAUAUGCUUACAUUUUUGCAAAAAUUGACAUUUCUUUAUGCUCAUUUUGGAAAUUGCUCUUCAAACGUUAAAUGUAUUGAUGUCAUAUUCUUUAAAGAAUAUAUUUAUGAUGAUG